GUUGUGGAUCCGUGGAGCGAGGAUGUUAAUUGCAAUGAUCACGGUUAAAAGCGUGCGCGGAAAUCGCUUUGCUUGACAGCCGUAGGUGCCGCCGGGCUCCAGAGAUCCUUCUGGUGUGUCUGCAAUUUACAAACGGUCUGGUAAUAGGGACUCCGGAUCACAGGAAAGUGGCCGCUAGCUAUGCAUCCCCUGCUCAGAUAACCACGGAAACCACCCCACGCUUCGCUGGUAUUGACUAUUGAAGAUCGGCAGACCUUCCACUAGAGAAGCAACUCACGGAAAAGACCGUUUUGCACAUCUGAAAAGCGCAACCGGCACUCAGAUGGCCAGCAACAACACCGCCAGCAUAGCACAAGCCAGGAAGCUGGUGGAACAGCUGAAAAUGGAGGCCAACAUUGACCGAAUAAAGGUGUCAAAAGCAGCGGCAGACUUGAUGGCAUACUGCGAAGCCCAUGCCAAGGAAGACCCUCUACUGACCCCGGUGCCAGCUUCAGAAAACCCCUUUAGAGAGAAGAAGUUCUUCUGUGCGAUUCUGUAAGCCCUCCAUGAGCCUGACAUGCACUCGGCCCGCUCUGAACACUAAUGUAGCGUUUUUAGCAAUGUGGACAACUUUCUAGUCCACAGAAUUUAAAAAAUAACAAGGCCUGGAAGAUCCGGAGAUGUGCAUGUUUAAAGAAACUGGUCACCUUUUUGGGGAAUAAGAUCUACAUCGUGAGGCAGAAGAUCUGAGGUCUGCAGAGUUACCGAGAUAGAAAAAUAUGUAAAGAUUAAAUGUGUGUCACUUUUCUGCUCACAAAAAAAACCCAACAAAAAACAAAUCCUUGUUUGAUUGUUCCAUAUUUAAAAAAGACACUUGUGCUGAGCAAGGUAAAGGUUGAGGCUGUGUAUAACCUCAUUGGAAUGAUUAUCGUUGGGUUUUUCCAAAUAAUACUUAUUUAAGUUGAAUUGUCAAAUAUCACAACAGGCUAGGUAGGUUACUAUUAUAUUACUUAAUGUUUGGUCUCGUACUUUUUUUGUUUUGUUUUUGCAUUAGAGUAGCACAGAGAUGGAUGGGAUUCCUCAAAAGAUAACAAACUAAACCGUUUAGCAAGGGCUUAGUCAGUGAUACUUCACAUCUGCAGUGUGAACACUGUCUGUCUGUGUGUUUCUCUCGCAACCUAUUACCACGACUUCUAACACUUGUAUAUGGUAGCUUCAAUUGUAAAAGUAAAUCGGGUGUUGUGAUUGGUGCUUCAUAUUUUUGUGACUACUUUUAAGUAAUAGUGCAUGAAAAGAUCCCUGUGUUCAAUCCAUUUAGAAACUUCUAUUGUUCGGAGCCACAUGCUGGUGGAAGACGCUGUAGAGAAAAAACAAAAGAUGUUCUGACAGCAAAGAGAAAAUUACUCUAAUGCCUUAGAUGUGCCUGAAAUACCUCUCAUCUUAUGUAGGGUUGCCAGCUACUGAGAAGCCUAUUCCUGAAAUCAGAACAGUUUAUACGGGGAGUUUAGGGUCACUCAGAUCCCUAGAGGUCAUAGGGUAAAACCAAGAAGAAAAAUGAUAUACGUUUAUUUUGACCAAGUUGUCUCUGCUCCUCCCCUACCCUUCUGUGCCUCUUCUCUUACCCAUGUUUCUUGAUUUUUAAUAUCACCCGAUCUAUAUUAAUGUUUCACAGCAGCACGUCUUCUCUGAACCAUGUCCCUUAAACAGCGUGACAGAGCCAGCACAUAGCAGGCCUGCUGCCGUACUGUGCUAAGUGGCUGAUCCAAGCGCGGCUUGAUUCAGAGGGGACCUCAGAUGGAAGGCAGUGCAAACUUGUCCACCCCUGCGCAAUUCUCUGCUUCCACUAUACUGCCCUCAAUGGGUAUCUUUUCCCAAAUCUGUUGGCUCUAAACCCCAGUGUUUACAAAACUCCCUCUGCCAUCGAAUCUGACCGCUAUUUUCAAUCCCCUCUUCCCCCACUCAUUCAGAAUAUGCUUUUACUAACAGAAGGGCCAUAGCACUCUGUACCCAAACAAUGGCAACAGGCAGAUUGCAAAUGUGCAUAUGGCUAUAAUAGCGAGAGGACUCCAUACUGAAGGACUAAGGGUGAUCUAUCAACCACUGAAAUUUUUGUUAAUGUGUUGGACUCCCGUUAUCCGGUCACUAACCAUCCAGCCCUUUGUGAGCUUUCACCAUGUAUUUCUUACCGCUUUAACAUCCCAUCAUGAAACAAAACGAGAGUAAAGAAAAUCGGGUGCGUCUUUAAAUAGAGCACCCAAUUACAGGGUGGUAUAUUGACACGACAUAUCUCGAACAGCUUAAGGUGGAAGCUUGCAACUUCCUCGCUUUGUAAAUGUCAUGCUUUGAGUUGCUGUUCCAGGUGGGCCUCCAUUAAAGCCUCCAAGCUGGAUCAUGAGGCAUUAAGAAAGAUGGCGAGGUGGCUCUCUAAUCGAUCGGAUGAGCCCUGCUAAUCAGGGCAAAGCCAAGCCAUCGGAAUGGUGUCCUGGUGGAAGCACCCAGUGCUUUGCUUACAUAUAGCCUGAAAUUGACAAAUUUGUUUAAUCAGCUUUAGGAAACUUGUCCUAACCAGAUGGAGAGCGAGAAGAUAAGCCCAGAGGCUACAAACAUCAAUUUGAACACCAUAAAAACCUAAUAUUUCAGGUGGAGGCUGAGGCCAUCUGAAAUGGCCCCAUAAAGAGCUCAGAGAGACAGGUUACAGUAUCAGGUACAGUAUGCGACUCCAAACAUACCUUGAGGAGAUUCUACUGCUGUUUAAAUUGGGUUCUGGCCUUUGGCCUGAAGCGGGACUGCUGUGAUUGCAAAGACACCAAUACGCCUCACACCUAAACAGCAUUGAGAGAGGAGCUGUCAUAUGCCACUGGUGCAGGAGUGAGAACGGCUCCAGCUUUUCAUGCUAUUCUGAACCCUUAGAACACUUUCGUUUUUGGCUCAAAAACCCAGCAGCUAUACAUUUAGGAUAAUUCCAGAUCCAUGGCAACCCUGUUAAUAUGAAGUUCCAAAUCAGGGAUGAGUUCAAAUUUUUGUAUUUAAAAGGACAACAGAGUCUUAAGGUACCUGUCAGAAAAUCUUUAUAGUCCAUAACAAAGUGGAAAUUUUUUUUGACUAACUCUUUUCUACUCCUGCAUCCUUGUGUACAGGCAGAAGCGUUUCUGUAGCGAAAACCACUUAACAGUGGAUUCUCUCUUUCUGAUUCUUGGCAUCUGGGAAUGGUUAUACAAUACAACCAGUAGCUAAAUGGUGUCCGACUUGCCUUGCUAGCUUUCAAAUACAAGAUCCUGUAUUUCAAUCUUUAUACUGUAUGUUUGACUAGCUUAGGUUUCAUUUGACCAAUGAGUAACUCUACAGCUGUUUUCACUUGUGUUGGUAAAAACAAUGUAAAUAUAUUCAACUGUUCUUUUUUAAUAAGAUCUACUAUAACUGACAAUGAAGCAUAGCUUAAUUAGUCAAGACCCUAAAUCUCACUAAUCCCGGAACAGUACUCAAAUCCUGGCAUGAAGUUUUGUCAUAACUUUUUAAUGACUUACAUAUUUUACAACUUAAAUUCUUUAAAAGAAUGCUCCAUGACAUUUUAAAUUACACCAAAACAUUCGUUCAGUAUCUCUGUUGUUACAGUUACUAAUUCAGAUUUUUUUAAAUUCUUUUUAACUGGGGACGCAACCAGAAAAUCUCACCCUAGUAUUUAUAUUUACACAGACCCACUUUCACUAGCAAAGUAGAAAUUUUACCUGCCAAGAAAAUUUUCCCCCAUAAAAAAGUAAAAUAUUUCAAUAUUGAAAAUAUAUUGAUUCUGUAUAUUUAACAUGGUAUAAAUUUGUUUGAUAUACUGAAGGUCUUUUCAAUAAAAAUAUCCUAUGUACGGGAAUGUGAUUUUCCCCCCCUCCCCACACACACACACAAACUUUGUUCAUAGCAGUGGUGAGUUGCUACAUGUACAUUAUGUUAUAUCAGCCAGAUAGGUGGAUGCAUCUUCCUACCCAAGAAGCGAUCUGUUUUCAGGAAGAGGGUCAGUGGAAAUGUCAGUGGGUUUUUUCUGUUUUGUUUUUUGUUUUUUAAACAGGGAAACUUGAAGUUGUGAUGUAGUGCACACGCUCAUCCCAUGUGAUCAAUGUAUGUGUAUGAAAUAAAAUUUUGGAUUCGUUUCAAA